GGGUCUCACAGAUUCUCUGUUUUAGGCGACUGAGGGUAUAUACCCCAUGGGCUCUUUUUAGCUCGCAGGCGGCCCAGAUGUAGAACAAUUUGACGGGAAACUCAAACUAGACAGCCAAUUUGCUCCCCUCAAAAUCAAAGAAAAACCCCUUCAAAAGAAAAGCAAAGAAAAAAAAAUAGCCAACUUCCUGCUUCCUCGCAAGGGUGUUGAGGAAGCUUCAAAGUUCGAGUUCACCUUUGUUGCCUUCCCCAGCACACACCGUUGAAAUCGAGGAGACCCGAAGAACGAUCGACGGGCCAAGCCCCCAAGCGCACGUCACCCUUCUCUUUUGCAGAAGUUGCCAGAGCUGCAUAGACCAAUUCCAUGUGCACCAAAACCUCCUCCUCUUCCAUGGUCCAUCCCCACCAGGCACCAGCCACCAGCACACCACGGACAGAAAGCACAAAACCCUUCUCCCAAUUCCUCCUCUUGCUUCCAUUCGCACCGUACCACACCACACCACCGCGGGCUCCUCCAAAAGCAAAAUGCCCCUCUUGCUCCGACGCCUCGCCGGCGCCGUCCCGCCCCCUCUUCGCCGCUUCCUCUGCACGGCGCCGACGGCGACCACGCGCGCUCAGUGGGCCAUGCUCUACAAAAAGCCGGCGCUGGACGCGUCGGGGUCCUUGUCCUUCGACCUCCACACGCCGCCGCUUGUCUCCCAACUCUCCUUCCCUGCCCACCUCGUCGACCCCGACGGCGACGCCGUGGACUUCUUCACCGGCACCCUCCGGGCCGCGAGCUCCGACGGCCUCCUCCUCCUCGACUUCGCCGACACCCGCCACCGCGCCCCGGUCAUCGGCAACAUCCGCUACAGCUUCAUACAUGAAUUUGACUCACCAAACGGCGACGUCGAACCGGACGUCGCGCGAUUCGUCUGCAACCCUCUCAGCGGCCAGAUGUUCCGCCUGCCGGUCCCCGACAUGGAUAUCUCGGGGAUGAGCUCGGGCUUCGGCCUGCUCACCCAAUCCGAAGGCUCCCCCGGCCCGCCUGAUAGAUACGUGGUCGCUCAGCUCAGCCGAAGCAGCUGCAGGGGAGAGGAGGGCCGCGGGCGCGGAGUCGUGCGUCGGUUUCUGUCCGACACAGGGGAGUGGGACGAACGGCUGCUGACCGGGUCCUCCACGAUGCCGGCUGGGCGGUUGAUGUGCAUACACAAAGAGCACGAGGUACUGGCCUUCGGCGACCGGCUGUGGUGGGUCGACGUGAGCUGGGGUGCCUGCUCCGUCGAUCCGUUCAGCGACCGGCCGGAAAAUCGUUUCUUCGAGCUGCCGCGGGGCAGUGUGCUGCCUGACCUGGAUGGCUUCGCUGGGAGGCUGAUACUGGGCAGGUACCGGCGUUUCGGGUUCAGCGAGGGGAAGCUGCGGUAUGUCGAGGUGUCUAAUAACAAGAAGCCGUUCGUGGUCAGCUCGUAUUCGCUUGACGAUAAGGGCUGCUGCUGGACGCUAGAGCACAAGAUAGCAGUUACCCCAAUCUUGCCCGAAAGAUGUAAACGGUUGGACAACCACAUACCAAGCAUUGCUGCUAUUGAUCCAUUCAAUGCGAGCAUGCUGUACCUUGAUUAUGGUCGCUUUGUUCUUGUUGUGGACAUGGCUAAGGGAGAUUGUCUUGGGGCGUGUCAUCUUCCCGGGAGAAUCGACUUUCGAAUCACGAGCCUCUCGAAACUCUCUGGUUUCCUCAUGCCGUGCGUGCUCCCAACAUGGCUUGAAUCGAGCUAUAUUCCUGGUGCUGGAACCCUUUCAAGCAAGAACACCAAUUGCAAAAGGAAGACUUUGGCAGAAAUGCUGGUUCGUGUCGACAGAGGCCAGAAAAAUUGAAGUGUGGCAGCAACUUAUCUAUGGUUCCUUAUAUUUGACUGACAACAAAGUUUGAUGGUGGCACCUGAAGGACAUGAACUCUUGCUUUGUGGAAAUUCUAGGACAACAUUGGGCUUGCUCUAUAUGCUGCUACAAUUCUCUUUGAAAUAGAUGAUUUCUUAUUUAUCAGACUUGUUUACGUGCGCACCUGUUGAAUUUAUGUGCUAUUUGGAUGGAACAGAACUAGAAUACAAUGUUAUUUUCAAGACAUCAUGCUUAUGUUCUUUGUAAACUGUUGACGCACUCAAGUGUUCAGCUCUUUUCUGUUUC